AUAAAAGAGUGGUUCACUGCCCAGUUCAGACGUCUAAAGAAUAAUUCCAAAAGAAUACAGAAGCCCAACAAGGUCGAAAUGUUAAUAAAAUGCCUCUUUCUUCUCUCCGCAGCGGUUCUUCUGUCUGCGAAUAAGAUUCCCGAACCAGGAGAACGCCACACCAGGAACACUACACAGAUCUUGGUCCAGUUGAGGGAUCUCAUGAAGAAUGUCCAAGUGGGCAACUCCACGGGUAUAGCAGCUUAUAUAGUGCCCUCCAACGAUGCCCAUCAGUCGGAGUAUCUGAGUCGGCAUGACGAGCGGCGUGCCUUUGUCACUGGAUUCGAUGGAUCCGCAGGAAUAGCAGUGGUGACCACCAAUGCCGCCCUCCUUUGGGCCGACAGUCGGUAUCACCUGCAGGCAGAGCAGCAGCUGGACGAGAACUGGGAACUGAUGAAGCAAGGGCUGAAUGGCGUUCCCUCCAUUGGCACCUGGUUGGCUCAGAACCUCACCGCUGGCAGCUUAGUGGGCGUGGAUCCCCAUCUGAUGUCGUUCCGCUCCUGGGAGUCCAUCGAAAGCGAACUGAUCUCCUCGGAAAUCCAACUGGUGCCCAUCAAGGACAACCUUGUGGACAAAGUAUGGGGCGAAGAUCAACCCGCCCAGAAUGCCAAUCCCAUAAAUACUCUCGACCUACAGUUCGCGGGUGUGACUAUAGCCAGGAAAUUGGAAGAUGUGCGCCAGCAGAUGAAGCAGAAGAGCGUGGACGCACUGGUGGUCAGUGCCCUGGAUGAGAUCGCUUGGCUGCUCAACCUGCGAGGAUCAGACAUUGAGUACAACCCCGUAUUCUUCUCCUACUUGAUUGUGACCGAGAAGAAGGUACAGCUCUUUGUGGACUUGGCGAAAAUCCCCGCUGACUUUGAUAAUCAUCAGCUGAGGAAUAAUGUCAGUAUAACGCUUUCCUCCUAUGACAAAAUUUCCCUGGAGAUUCGUAAAAUCGUGUUGAGGAAGAAGUCUCACAUCUGGAUAUCUCCCACCAGCAGCUAUUACCUAACCGACUUGAUUCCCAAGGAUCGAAGAAUCCAGGCAUUGACGCCCGUGAACCUACUGAAGGCGAUUAAGAACGAAGUCGAGGCCCAGGGAUUCGUCAAUAGUCACAUCCGUGAUGGAGUGGCUCUGUGCCAGUAUUUUGCCUGGCUUGAACACCAACUGAAGCUGGGCAAUGAGGUGGACGAGAUAUCCGGCGCCGAAAAACUAGAGUCUUUUCGGAGAUCAAAAGAAAACUAUGUGGGCCCAAGCUUUGGGACACUCAGUGCUUCUGGACCGCAUUCAUCUCUGGCUCACUAUUCUCCCAGGAACGACACUAACAGGAGGAUUACCGACAAGGAGAUCUACAUGUGCGACUCGGGGGCUCAGUACUUGGACGGCACAUCGGAUGUUACGAGAACCUUUCAUUUCGGUGAACCCACGGACUGAAAGGAGGCCUACACUCGUGUCCUUAAGGGGCAGCUGAGUCUUGGUUCCGCUAUAUUUCCCGCCUUAGUGAAGGGUCAGGUUCUGGACACCCUGGCAAGGAAGGCCCUUUGGGAUGUUGGACUGAACUAUGGUCAUGGUACUGGCCACGGCGUUGGUCACUAUCUCAAUGUACACGAGGGCCCCAUGAGCGUGGGUUCAGGUUAUGAUGUCGACGAUCCCGGCUUGCAGGCGAAUAUGUUCAUCUCCAAUGAGCCUGGCUUCUACCAAGACGAUGAGUUCGGCAUCCGUAUCGAGGACAUCGUCCAAAUUGUGCCCGCCCAAACGGCAUAUAAUUUUAAGAAUCUUGGAGCUCUGACCUUCAGAACAGUCACCAUGUGCCCGAAGCAAACGAAGAUGAUCAAGAAGGAGCUCUUGUCCGAGGCGGAGGUGAAGUUGCUUAAUAGCUAUCACCAACUGAUUUGGGACACUCUGGCACCUAUUUUGACCCGCGAAAGAGAUCUAUUCACCUUGUCUUGGCUUAAGAAGGAAGUAAAAGCAAUUUAAAGCUCAUGAAAUGAAGAAUGUUAUUACACAAAAAUAAUAAAUACAGCUUCAAAUAAA